ACUUUUUCCAUCUGUUUGAGUUGCAGAAAAACAAAUGAAGUCAGACUUUGACCUCAGUCUGUUGAAACCCAGUACGACCACUGGUCCCUCCGUCAGAACGACCCCAGCUGGAACAUGAGCCGCUUUGUGACUCUCUCCACGGGGCAGAAGAUGCCCACGGUCGGACUCGGCACAUGGAAGAGUGCCCCGGGACAGGUGAAGCAGUCCGUGCUGGCUGCUUUAGACUGUGGCUACAGACACAUCGACUGUGCUGCUGCGUACAGCAAUGAACUGGAGGUCGGAGAGGCUCUGGCUCUGAGGGUCGGACCUGGGAAGGCUCUGCUUCGUGAGGAGCUGUUUGUGACGUCCAAACUGUGGAACACCAAGCACGACACGCAGGAUGUGGAAGAAGCCUGCAGGACCAGUCUAUCCAACCUGGGUCUCUCCUACCUGGACCUGUACCUGGUGCACUGGCCCAUGGCAUUUCAGUCGGGGAAAGAGCUGAUGCCUCGACGGGACGAUGGGAGCAUCUGUUACUCGGACACACACUACAGAGACACGUGGGCGGCCAUGGAGAGUCUGGUGGACAAAGGUUGGGUCCGGGCAAUAGGGCUGUCCAACUUCAAUGCCAGGCAGACUGAUGACAUCAUCAGCGUGGCCAGACACAAACCUGUGAUGAACCAGGUGGAAUGUCAUCCUUACUUGUCCCAAGCUGAUCUCCUGUCACACUGUCGGUCGGUGUCGGUGUGUGUGACAGCCUACAGUCCCCUGGGCAGCGGGGACAGACCCUGGGCCUCCCCCGAUCAGCCAAGUCUGCUGGAGGAUCCUCGACUGGCCGCCAUCGCCCAGAGAUACCAGAAGACACCUGCACAGGUCAUUCUCAGGUGGCACGUUCAGAGAGGUGUGGUGUGCAUCCCCAAAAGUGUGACGCCCUCCAGGAUCCAGCAGAACUUGCAGGUGUUUGAUUUUUCCCUGACGGACGACGACAUGAAGCUGAUUGAAUCCUUCAACCGAAACGAGCGCUUCAUCGUCCCAACAGUCGAGCGGGAUGGUAAGAGUGUGUGGAGAGAUGCAGAACAUCCUCAUUUCCCCUUCCAUGAUUCCUACUGAGUUCAUCCCCACCGACUACAAUACUGUUUUUAAUGAUCAUGGUCUCAAACGCUCAGACAUUUUUUUUAUUAAAAUGUAAUUUUCCUUUUUAAUAUCAAUUUGUUGACUCAAUUUUGCAGUAACAGUUUGUUACAUGUUUUCCAGCCAAUUCUUUAAAUUGCAAUGAACAAUUAAGUGAUUAUUCCAACACAUUACGUUCUCUUACUCGGCCAGAGCGCCACUGUGUGGUCAGUGACAGAACUACCUCAGCUUGAUAAUAAUGGUGCCAGUAUUUUUCACUGAGCAUAAACUCCUCAGCCAUUGGAGGACCACAAUAAACUUAACUAAACUAACAACUUGACAUUUAAAGAUCUUUAUAUUGUCAGGUCAUGUAUUAAUGCAAUCAACAUGAUCUGAUCCCAUGGCCUAUCAUACCACAAAGAUCACAACGCCCUGAGGAACCGUGGGUUUCCAACCUAACUACUUUACUUUCUUUUACAUGGAAUCUCUGACCCGACGGUUGAUUGAACAAAUCAAAGAAGAAAUGUACGUCAACUCUGUGUCAAUAAAGAAUUUCAAAAGCAGA